AUGAACGAAAGUGAAAUUUUCUCACCACUCGUCGAAUGCAUUCAUUUCGAAUUUUGCAGUGAACAAGUCAUCAAUAAAAAUCUUGUCAUUAGUGACGAAAACAACUAUUUCAAUAUUAUCAAAUCUCUUCAUGAUUCAUUACUUAGAUCAAGAAAUAACAAAUACGAUCAUACUCGUUAUUUUAUUCCAAGCGAUUAUCAAGGCGUUUACAAAUAUCUUGAUGAUCUUUCAAGAAAAGUUGAUCUAACUUUAUUUGAAACAGUAUGUGAAGACAUUCUAAAUAAAAAAGAUGAUGAAUUUCGUAAUAAUAUCUUAUUCGAAUCAUGUGAAAAAGGAAAUUUUACACUCGUUAAAUCUCUGAUUGAGCAUGGCUGCGAUAAAGAAGUUAAAAACAAAAAUAAUCAGACUCCGCUCCAUUUAUCAUCUUUUAAUGGUCAUCUUGAAGCUGUUAAAUAUCUUAUCUCUGUUGGAUCUGAUAAAGAAGCGAAGAAUAAUGAUGGAAAUACUCCACUCAUUUGUGCAUCACUAUUUGGUCAUCUUGAAGCUGUUAAAUAUCUUAUCUCUGUUGGAUCUGAUAAAGAAGCGAAGAAUAAUGAUGGAAAUACUCCACUCAUUCUUGCAUCAAUAAAUGGUCAUCUUGAAAUUGUUAAAUAUCUUAUCUCUAAUGGAGCUGAUAAAGAAGCGAAGGAUAAUGGGGAAAGGACUCCACUCAUUAAAGCAUCAGAAAAUGGUCAUCUUGAAGUUGUUCAAUAUCUUAUUUCUGUUGGUGCUGAUAAAGAAGCAAAGAGCAAAACUGGAGAUACUCCACUCAUUUGUGCAUCACUAUUUGGUCAUCUUGAAGCUGUUAAAUAUCUUAUCUCUGUUGGAUCUGAUAAAGAAGCGAAGAAUAAUAAUGGACAUACAGCAAUGGAUCUUGCAAAAGAUAAUGUAAAAAAUUAUCUAAAAUCUUUAUGA